AUGGUUUCCAUAAACAACCUUUCUGCAACUUACAGCAAUGUCAAAGUUCCUCUAUUUGAAGGAGAGAACUAUGAUUUUUUGACUGUCAAAAUGGAGACUCUAAUCACAUCUUUGGAUGUUCUAGAAUAUAUCAAAAACGGGUAUGAAGAACUGACACCAACAGAGGCUGAAAAAUUAAAAGAAAAGGCUGGAGAAUCAAGCCAACGGCUUGAAGAGUUGAAGCAAAAGAUCACAAAUGCUGGAGUUCUUGGGAUGAUUCAAAUAGGAGUCUCUCUAUCCAUCUUCCCAAGGAUUAUGAGAGCUAAAACAUCAAAGGAAUCCUGGAGUAUCCUACAACAAGAGUUCGAAGGAGACUCAAAGGACUAUUGGAACAAAGGCAAACCGCAAUGCCACAUUUGCAAGAGAUUCGGGAACCUUCAAAAGGAUUGUCAUCUUGAAAAUCAGCAACAUGCUUCGUAUGCAAAAGGAGAAUAUGAUGAAGGAAAUUUGUUUUUUACUUGUCAAAAAGCAUUACAUGAAGAAGGUAAAAAUGUUUGGUAUUUGGACACCGGUUGUAGCAACCAUAUGACCGGACAGAAGGAAGCAUUUAUAAAUAUUUAUUCUUCAUUCGGCUCAAAAGUUAAAUUGAGCAAUGGAGAACAUGUCGAAGUGAAAGGGGAAGGAAGCAUUGGAGUCACCACGAAGCAAGGAAGCAAAGUCAUACAUGACACGCUUUAUGUGCCGGAAUUAGACGAAAAUUUGCUUAUCAUUGGACAACUUAUGGAGCACGGUUAUUCUUUGAACUUUGACAAUAGAGAGUGUAAAAUGUUUGACUCAGAAAGAAGAAGGGUUGUUGUUGUGAAUAUGACUAGCAACAGGAGCUUUCCACUAUCUUUCAAUCAUGAGAAAACUGUAAGCAUGAUGCCAGAGAAGAAAAUGACUCGUGUUUAUGGCACAGGAGACUUAGGCAUUUGA